CCAGCAUUCCCCACUAUGCGCUGUCACAGCCCUCCCACUCCUGCAACUUGUGUGUGUGUGUGUGUGUGUGUCACUACUUUUCUCUGACAUUCCUGUGCAGAACGGAGAGGCAGUGAGCUCUGCUGCAGAGAGACAGACGUACAAAUCCAACUCAGAACGUCAUUAGGAAAAGCUUUGAUUUACUCAGAAGAAGAAGAAGAGGGUGCAGCUCUUUCUCCUUCUAUCACAUCUCAUUGUGAACUUUUCUGAUUAGGGAAUUCCAAUUUUGGGAAAUCUCAAUGUAAGUCAGCUGGGAAGUCUCACCUUUUUAACAACGGUUUUCUAGAAAAGCAUCCUCUUGUGGCCACAGUUUCCUCCUGCUCUUCUUCUGCAAUUCCCUCCCUGGGGGCGGAUUCUAAAUUUUGGACUGCCGAAUUUUCAUAGUUUGGGAAUACUUUUCGAGAGAAGGAAAAGGACAUAGUGUUGCAAACAAAGAGACCCUGGCUCCCGUAAAGAUGGCUGACGUGGUGCAGCUAGACCCCAACAGCCUGCAGAUACCCAAUGAUAUAUCAGCCGCUUCGUCAGUCCCUUCGUCGCCUGCCACAGCUCGAAAUGACUGCAGCAUCACACCCCUCACACCGUCACCCUCCCCGCGGGUGGAGGUCAGACCCAGGAUGGCCUGUCCGUUCACGGUGGUCGUGGCGAUAGACUUUGGGACGACCUCCAGUGGCUAUGCGUUCAGCUUCACACAGGACUCAGAGGCCAUACACAUGAUGAAGCGCUGGGAGGGCGGCGACCCUGGUGUGGCCAAUCAGAAGAGCCCGACUUGUCUGCUGCUGACUCCUGAUUUGCGGUUCCACAGCUUUGGGUUCGCUGCCCGCGACUUCUACCACGACCUGGACCCAGAGGAGGCCCGGCAUUGGCUCUAUUUCGAUAAGUUCAAGAUGAAGAUCCACAGCACAAGUGACCUCACCAUGGAGACGGAGCUGGAGGCGGUAAACGGUCGGAGGGUCAGGGCCAUCGAGGUGUUUGCUCACGCACUGCGGUUCUUCAGGGAACAUGCUCUAAAGGAGGUGAAGGACCAGUCGUCAUCUGUACUGGAGGGAGAGGAGAUCAGAUGGGUGAUCACCGUCCCUGCUGUGUGGAGACAACCUGCCAAACAGUUCAUGAGAGAGGCUGCAUACCUGGCUGGUCUAGUGUCUCCUGACUGUCCUGAGCAGCUCCUCAUCGCUCUGGAACCAGAAGCUGCGUCCAUUUACUGCCGCAAGCUCCGCCUACACCAGGUGAUUGACCUGAGCUUGCAGCCAGUCACAAACGGCCUUGAUCUGGAGGUGUCGCGGCCCUUUGACUCCAGCUUCAGACAAGCGAGGGAGCAGCUGAGGCGAUCAAGACACAGCAGGACCUUCCUGGUGGAGAGUGGAACUGGAGAGCUGUGGUCAGAGCUGCGGACUGGUGACAGGUAUAUCGUUGCAGACUGUGGAGGAGGAACAGUUGACCUGACAGUCCAUCAGAUCGAGCAGCCACAGGGAACACUUAAAGAACUCUACAAGGCUUCAGGUGGUCCGUACGGUGCCGUCGGAGUAGACCUGGCCUUCGAGGCCAUGCUGUGUCAGAUCUUCGGUGAUGACUUCAUCCAGAGCUUUAAAGCCAAGCGGCCGGCAGCCUGGGUGGACCUCACCAUCGCAUUUGAGGCAAGGAAACGGACGGCGGCGCCGGGCAGAGCCAACGCCCUCAACAUCUCCCUGCCCUUCUCUUUCAUCGACUACUAUAAGAGACACCGGGGCCAGAGUGUGGAGGCCGCCCUGAGGAGGAGCAACAUGAAUAUAGUGAAGUGGUCCUCCCAGGGGAUGCUGCGUCUGACACAGGAAGCCAUGAAUGAGCUCUUCCAACCCACCAUCAUCAAUAUUGUCAAACACAUUGAGGAGCUGAUGGCAAAACCGGAAGUGCAUGGAGUGCGUUUCCUCUUCCUUGUUGGUGGUUUUGCAGAGUCACCCAUGCUGCAGAAAGCAGUCCAGAGAGCACUCUGGCGGACAUGCCGCAUCAUCAUCCCCCAUGAUGUUGGACUGACCAUACUGAAGGGUGCCGUGCUCUUCGGCCUGGACCCCACUGUGGUCAGAGUGCGUCGAUGCCCCCUGACCUACGGCGUUGGCGUCUUGAACCGGUUUGUGGAGGGGCGCCACCCUCGAGAAAAACUCCUCAUCAAGGAAGGCCGGGAGUGGUGCACCGACAUCCUCGACCGCUUCGUCUCCGUCGACCAGUCGGUGGCUCUGGGCGAGGUUGUGAGACGGAGCUACACACCUGCUCGUCUGGGCCAGCGGAAGAUCAUCAUCAACAUCUACUGCAGCACGACGGACGACGUCACAUACAUUUCCGACCCCGGAGUCAGGAAGUGCGGGACAGUAACUUUAGACCUUCCGGAACCGUUACCGCUACCGGGAGCAGUAGGAGGGGCAGGAGGAGGAGGCGCAGAGAGGAGAGAGAUCAGAGCAACCAUGCAGUUUGGAGACACAGAGAUCAAAGUCACAGCUGUUGACGUCAUGUCUAAUCGCUCUGUCCGGGCUUCCAUAGACUUCCUGUCUAACUGAGGAGGAGCAGGAAGUGAGGAUUGAGGAUUGGAAAACAGAAAUAACUGAUUCUAGGAAUGAUAGUUUUAGAAAGAAGCGGUACUUUGGGAGUGGGUGACAUGUUUUUUUGGAAAGAACAGGAACUCACAUUGUGUAAUUCACAAAUUUAGGCUUUACAUUUACCCCUUAGGGUAGUAAAAAAAGAUCAUGAGAGCAACAUUUUAUUCAGCCUUUAUCUGAAGGGUAGGGUGUCUUUUCUUUGCAGAAAAGAAGACUUUAAUUUGUCUUUGACUUCUGGAUUCGUUGGACAGUUCAUUAUGCCGCCCCAUACAUUGCUGUUGUCUGCAUUUCCCGCCCAGAAACUAUUCAGGGCAAACUUGUGUGAAGUCUUUAAAAGCUAAGUGAAUUCCUUGCUGCAACAGAUGAUCACCUAGAAAGACUACAUAAUGAUAUAUACUACCUAGAGUUAAACUCUCAUCUGAAUUGCUAUAUAUGAAGACUUUUGCCUCAUUUAAUGACAAAGAAUAUAUGAAUAUUACAGAGGGAUCUCUCACAAGCUCUGUUAUGAUACCUCAUUUAAAUCCUAUUUCACCGUCCAUAUAUGAGAAAUUGACACGACUACCUGGACUGCAGCUUUGUUUCUCUUAAGUGACUGUGAUUGUGCCUCAUCUAGUGGCGAAAUGACUGAACUACAAGCAGAAAAUCAGAUGAAGGCACACAAUGAAGGACUAUGUCAACAUUUACUGUCAGGUGAGGUGUUCUGUAUUGGUAGUGUUUAAUAGUACAGGACAUUUCAUCUCUGAAACACACGAAGAACUGUAUCUUUAUAUUUUCUUUAAGAUUAUUCACGUAUAAAAAUGAGAAAUUCAAACCAGCCUGAUCCAAAAGGAACCUCUUAAAGGGACAGUUCACCCCAAAAAUCCAACACAUUAUAUAUAUAUAUAUAUAUAUAUAUAAUGUUUGCCAAGUGAUUCCGUACAACACACUGAAGACGAUCUCCAUCAGCUGAGGCAGACGGUCUACACAAGUUUGAAAGCACAGAAAACAAACUGCCUACGAUUUUGUUUUAUUAUCUAUUAAAGUCAAACAAGCAUUAAUAAGGAAGGUUAUUAUGACCUUCCCACCUUCAGAUAUCAGUGUCUCACCUAAGGCAACCAUAUAAUGUGUAUGCUGUAAUGAACUGUAUUUGUGUUUAUGUUCACCAGUUUUCUUUUCCAGUCCACAUUAAAACUAGUCUUGUAUUGUCCAA